AUGUUCGAAGAGGAGGAAAAGGCGCAAGUAUUCUUGGAUGAACUGACCAAAGUCAUCCCGUCCUUUGGUAUGCACUUUGCACCCACAAAGUGUAAGGUCAUGCUUGUGGACGUGCAGUCACUGAACACGCCACUUACAAUACAGGGAGAGGUACUGGAAGUUGUGGAGCAUUUUACGUAUCCUGGAAGGUGUAUUAGUUCUGAUUGUAGUGUGACAGAUGAGGUGAAUGCACGAAUCUGCAAGGCUCGGGCCGCGUUUGCUAACUUGAGACACCUAUGGCGUCAGAAUGGUUUAUCCCUGAAUCUGAAGGGACAUUUACUCAAGGCU